GGAUGGGUUUGAAGAAAUGGAUGACUGUGGUGAAAUCGGAACACAACGGAGUCAAAUCUUCGAGAAAACAAGACAGAAAACGAGCUAAGCAGCUCAGAAAACUUCAAAAAGUCGCAAUGGCCAAGCAUCAGCCGAUAGAGAAGGUUAUGGUGGAUGCUCUUGGCGUCAGAAAGAAAACAAAGAAGAAAAAGAAAAAGAACCGCUCUGAAGCUAACAGUGAAACAGCGGUCGCUCAGCACGACUCUGAAGGGUUGCAGGUCGGGACAAACACUAGAUAUUCAAGCUCUGAGUCCGACUCUGAUGAUGGUCUUACUUAUGAGCAGUAUCUGAAAGAAGUACAGGACAAAAAGAUGAAGAUUGCAAUGGAGGAAGACAAUCCAGAGCAAGAUGAUGUUGACAUUCAUCGUUACUCGAAGCUCCUUGGAAUUACUGAGAAAAAGAAGGCUACAAAACUUAAAUCUUUUGCUAAUGAUGGCCUGGAUGAUUUGUUGGAAUUCUGCGAUAGUGACAAUCGCAAACGAUUAUUGGCUUCCUCAACGGAUCAAGAAAUUAGUUUGCAAGGAGGGGAACUGACUGACGACGACGACGAAGCCAUGAGUACAAUAGAAGGGGACGUAGAUCUUGAAGAAGAUAUUAAUUCACCGGAAGAAGAUCACGAAAGCGUAAUUGAUGAAAACGAAUAUGAAGAUGAGCAAAAUAGCGAAGACGAAGAUGAUGGUGAGGAAGAGUUGCAAGAGGAUAUCUACGGUCGCACUAUCAACAGAAAAACUGGACAAGUGAUUGGAGCAGACCCGAAGGCUGCUUUGAAGAAGCUAGAGGAUCUUGAUGCUAAAGGUGGCAAUGAUGAGUCAAAAUUGGAAAUUGAACGAGUUCUCCUGGGCACAAUAAAUAGGUUGUCCGAGGGUACAUUAGUUAGAAGUCAUCAGGUGAUCGCUCAGUACUGGCAGAAUCACUCGAAAAAUGACGUGAAGUCAUGUUUGACACGAAUCAUACUACGGUUGAUUGGUUCCCCUUAUCGACUUCAGGAUCAGCUGCUUUCGUUAUAUGCACUUUUUAUUGCCCACAUACAUGCUUUUAUCAGCGAAGAGAUCUCUGCCUAUUUUGUUGAAGUUUUCCUGCGAGAUUUUAUCAAAGAGAUUUCUACGGCACAAACCGCAGACGAUAAAAAGCUUGAGAAUAGUGUUGUAUUUCUCGCAAAUCUCCUUCAUUUUCGGGUCAUAAAAAUGUCAGUCAUUGUGGAGGUGCUGCAGAAAUUGCGAGAACAGCUAACUGUUGACAAUCUUCAACUGGUCGUGACGUUAUCCUCUUAUUCCUAUAAAUCUUUGCGACGACAUUAUUGGACUGCUUUCUCUGAAGAAAUGUCAGCAGUAUCGAAGAAACUGGAGUCUGCCGUGUUCUCUGGCUUACCUAGAGCGAAGUUUCUUGGAGAGACAUUGUUGUCCCUUCAAAAGGCUCCACCUUCAAAUAUUGAUCAAUCGGUUAUAGAGCACCAUUUAAAGAUCUUCCAAGGCUUAAGAAAAAAAAACAAAGUGGUCUCAGAGCAGGAGUUAGGUAUGUCUCUUGACGAUAUUCUGCACGCUGAAGAACGAGGUCGAUGGUCUGUCUCAAGUGUUUUGAACUUGCUUAUGUUUCUUAUCGUCAAAUUUGAUUUUUAUGAUGCUCAUAAUUUCCCCGAAAAUAUUGUGCAGCUUGCACGAAAAGCCAAAAUGAACAGCGAAGUGCGAAGAAAUGUGUUCUGCACCAUAGCAACAUCGGACGACGAGGACUCUGCUUUCGAGAAGCUUCUGAGACUCUCGCUCAAAGGACAGCAAGAAAGGGAGAUUAUUUACGUCCUUAUAACAAUGAUGCUGAAAGAGAAAGCAUUCAACCCUUUCUAUCCAAUGCUAAUUGCCAGAUUUUGCGAUUUUGACAAGAGAUUUACCCUGACUACUCAGUACGCUCUGUGGGAUCGCAUUCGGGAAGCAGGCUCGCUCAAGGCUCGUGCUCGUACCAGACUAGCGGAUCUUAUACACUACCUCAUCUCGCACGAGACGCUGUCUAUCACUGUACUAAAGGUUGUGGAAUGGGGCACAUUAUCUGGAGUUGUCUCGUCAAUCAUCCGUCGAGUCUUCAAACAGCUGUCAACUUGCCCUAUGCUGAAACUUCGAAGAAUUUUCAGUCCACUUUUCAUGAGAGACAAAAACCCUCUGCUCUCUGAAGGAUUGCGAUUGUUCCUUAAUGUUAAUUUCCCGGAUAGCGAAGCAUACAAGAAGAUAGAAGAGUGCUUUGCCGGAGAAACUUGAUAUCUGUGAAUUUAUGGUUUUGCAAAGAUUGUUACUUGUUAUUGUUAAAAUUUUUUCAUUGUUUUGAAUAAAU